AGCAGCUGGGGCUCAGCACAUCCCGUCCCGUGCACGGGUGCGCGCCGAUCGCUGCGUGCGCACUUGUCAAGGCGAUGCCGAAUCCGACUGCGCACUUCGAGACCUCGGAGGGCAGUUUCGAGGCGGACAUCUACCUCGACCGUGUGCCCGUCACCGCAUCAAACUUCAUAGCGCUCUGCAGAAGCGGAUUCUACGAGGGACUGCAUUUUCAUCGCGUCAUCGACGGUUUUAUGAAUCAGUUCGGAUGCCCUUACUCAAAGGACCCCAACUCGCCCAUGUGCGGGAAAGGCAAUGCUCCCGAAGUGUCCUUUCCGAACCUGAUAACAGGUGGCUUGACGUGCCGUGGGCCGGGGGGCACGAUCAAAGACGAGCACAUCUCUCUUGACAGCAACGCCCCUGGCACGUUAUCUAUGGCCAACGUGGGCCAGCCGAACACGAACAGUUCCCAGUUCUUUCUCAAUGUGGCUCACAAUCGCUCGCUCGAUUGGUUCACGCCAGGUGAUUCGAAACAUCCCGUGUUCGGCAUUGUCAAAGCAGGCAUGGACGUCGUCACCAAGAUAUCCAAAGCCACUACCGUCAACGACAAGCCAGUGACACCCAUCAGGAUGAUCAAGAUUACAAUUGUUGGAGCUCCCGAACCACCGCCUACAUCGACAGGGAAGGCCGCACGGAGACGGUCGUCAUCGUCGUCGUCCUCGUCGUCCAGCUCGCGCAGGCGCAGAAAGAAGAAAAAGAAAAAGCGCCGGAAGCGGUCGUCAUCAUCAUCGCCAGAUGAAGUUCGUGCGCUGCAUAUCUUGCGCAAACACAGGGAGAGCCAGCGGCCGUCGUCGUGGCGGCAGUCCGAUAUCACAUGCAGCCUGUCCGAUGCGUGUGAUUUUUUGACGGCCUUGAGAGAGCAGCUAGUCCCGCUCACAGGUAAGAAGGAUAAAGUUGCCCUGCAGACUGCAUUCAAGGAGCUGGCGAAGAAGCACUCAGACUGCAAUUCUGCCAAGGACGGAGGCGACCUCGGGCGCUUCACCCACGAGAAGAUGCAGGCGCCCUUCUCGGACGCGGCCUUCGCUCUCGACGUUGGCGAGCUGUCGAAGGUAGUCAUCACCGUUUCUGGCGCACACCUAAUCCUUCGGGUCCGGUGAGCAUUACAACAGGUGAGCAGAUAAUCAAAAAGAGGGAAAGCAGCAACACAUCAACACAACACAGGGGAGCUGGGGAAGAUGCCACGCCUGACUGCGAGGAGGUCGUGAGAACUAGCAGAAUUGCGAGAGAGCUCCACGCAUUCGACUAACCG